UAGUCACUCUUGCUUGCGUUCCAGAGACUUCCAUACGCAUAAAAACUCUCCUCCAACCAAACUCCAAGCUGCAGUUCCAGUUCCAGUUCCAGACCAAACCAAAGUCCAGCCCUCCGCCAUCUGAAAGUUCCGACCUACAGCUGCUCUCCAGUUUUGUCGACAGGCGUUUCUGAAGCGAUUCUAUUCAAGUCUUCUGACGUCACGUGCCAAUCGUAGAUUCCAGCGAUCGAGAGUUCUACAACGACAAUUUUGACGGCGACGGCGACGUGGACGACACAAAUAUAUUUCAGAAUAUGACAUCAAGAAGAGUAGAACCCUCUGGAGCAAGUCGAGCUUCAUCUCAAGCAUCGACUGCAAGCACAAUGGCUCCCUCAAUAUGUGCAUCUGUUAAGAGAAAAUCGGUGCAAAUUGAAGCACCAAUUGAUGAUGUGGAUAUUGAUUUGGCUGCAAUAGGAGAUUUUGAUGUCUCAGCUUCAAGUGAAGAAGCUGAAGCAAUUGAACGUCCUGAAAGCCAAAUGGAAGCACCACCUCCUGUUAUUCCAUCUACUAAGAGGAGGAAAACAUCAGUUGUUUGGGAGUGUUAUCCCGAAGAUAAGUUUGUUACUAUUGGCGAUGCUACAUUUGCAGUUUGCAAGUAUUGCCAAAAAAAGCUGAAAUUACAAAAGACCAAGGCUACUUCCCAUUUGACACGACAUAUGGGUCAAUGUGUCGAAAGGAAGAAAGCAAUGGGGAAAGACUUGGUCGUAGGGGGACAAACAGUUUUGGGUUUUGAGCGUUCAACCUCAGGGGUGCCUACGCCAACUGUGGUGAAAACAAAGACUACUUAUGAGCAUCCCAAGGUUCGAGAGGCCUUAGCCCAUAUGGUGAUGAUAUCUGAAUUGCCAUUUAAUUUUGUCGAGCACCCCGACUUCAUUAAUUUUUGUCACGUUCUGCAACCUUUUUAUGAAAAAGUUGGAAGAAAGCAAGUAAAAGCUGAUUGCUUUAGGGUUUAUCAAACAGAGCGUGACAGAUUGAAAAAGGUUUUUGAGGAGACAAGAAGGAUUAGUAUUACUACUGAUCUUUGGAAGUCAGAUCAUCAAAGUAUUGAGUACAUGGUACUCACAGCGCAUUGGGUGGACUAGUCGUGGUCCUUAAAUAAACAAAUUAUAAAUUUUGUGCACCUACCUCCACCUAGGAGAGGAAUAGACAUUGCAGCAGCAAUAUUUGACUGUCUAAAGGGGUGGGGGAUUGAACAUAAGGUGGAAACUGUCACAGUAGACAAUGCUUCUGCAAAUGAUAGUUUUGUUAAAAGAUUAAAGGAAGAUUUUCAAAUGCAGAGAACUUUGUUGUGUGAUGGAAAACUUUUCCAUGUUAGGUGCACUGCUCAUAUUGUAAAUUUGUUAGUUCAGGAUGGGGUGGCCGUGAUUAAACCCAUCAUAGACAAUAUUCGGGAAAGUGUAAAGUUUGUCAAAGCUAGUGAGGCAAGGCAAAAAAAUUUUGCCAAAAUUGCUAUGCAGUGUGGAAUUAAAGAGAGGAAGCUAGUUUUGGAUUGUGCUACACGAUGGAAUAGCACAUACAAAAUGCUAGUGACAGCACUGCAAUUCAGAGAGGUCUUCCUUCGGUUUAUGUUUGCUGAGUCAAGUUAUAUUUAUUGUCCAACAAGGGAAGAGUGGGAGAGAUUGGAGGUUGUCUGUGAUUUCUUAGAAAUAUUUGAUGAUAUAACAAAAAUAAUUUCAGGGUCACAGUAUACCACUGCAAAUAGAUACUUUCAAGAAGUGUUUAGGAUAAAAGAGGUCUUGAGAGAGCGAGAAUUUGAUGAAGAUUAUUCUAUAUCAAUGAUGGUGCGAGCAAUGUCAGAAAAAUUUGACAAAUAUUGGGGUGAGGUGAAUUUCCUGAUGACGAUUGCUAGCAUCAUGGAUCCCAGGAUAAAGUUUUUUAUGAUUACUUUGGCAUAUCCCACUUUAUAUGGUGAAGAAAAUGCCCCUGUAGAGAUAGAAAAUGUAAAAAGGGCAUUAGAAAAAUUAUACGGAGAAUACGUUGACAUGUUGUCAUCAAGAAAUUCAUCAACCGCAUUUGCACAUCCAGAACAUCAGCCAAAGACCCAACAAGCACCAUCAAGUACAUCAGGUAAAUCAUCAAGCUCUCGAUAUUCAGAGACAAGACAUUAUGGUCCUGGAUAUAGUUGGAUGCGUUUGAAGGAUCAUAAGGAGAAAACAUACUCAGUAGAAAGUAAGAAGUCUGAGUUAGAAAUGUAUUUGGACGAGCAUUGUGUUGAGAUACCGGAUGAUGUCAACUCAACGGACUUUAAUGUGCUUCACUGGUGGAGAGACAAUCAAUACAAGUAUAAAGUCCUUUCACAAAUGGCAGUCGAUAUCUUAGCAAUUCCUAUUACAACAGUGGCUUCAGAGAGCGCAUUUAGUGCGGGUAGUAGAGUGAUUAACUUGUACAGGUCAGCUCUAUCUCCAGAAACAGUUAACAUGCUUAUGUGUGGAGCUGAUUGGAUGAGAACACGUUAUAAGAUGAAAAAACAAGAUGAGAUUGAAGUUGAAAAUGAGAUUGCUAAGAUUAUCUUGCCAGAUAAAUUAUGACUAGGUAAAUAGGUGAGAAUAGUCUAGCCUUGAAGAUUCUUCUUUCUUAAAUGUGAUUGCUGAUAUCUCAAAUUAUUUGCCUGCAUAAAUGUGUUAUCUAGUUACAUGUUAUCUGUGAGUUUUUUGUUUUGGUGGACACAGUUGUCACUGGUUGAGAGUCUGUUUGUGCUGAAGAAUUGAAGAUGCUUAAAGCUGAAAUGGA